AUGACACACAACACGAUGUCAGCUGUUUUAGAAUUGUUUAUAUUUUAUAUUCGAGGUAUAAAAUAAGUUUGAAUUAGUUAAACCUAAAAAGUAAAUAAAAUAUUUGUAAAAUGUCCGAAGAUAUAUUGUUUGAUUUCUUGCACUCUGAAAUUGUAAAUUAUUGUCUAAAUAAUAAUAACAAAGAGAAUGACUUCUCUUCGUUGGAAUAUAUUGGAUUCAACACUGGAUAUCGCCUUAUAGAACGUUUAACGAGAGAUGUGCCACGAUUUAAGGAUGAAUUGGAAACAAUGAAAUUUAUUUGUACUGAUUUUUGGACACUAAUCUAUAAGAAACAGGUUGAUAAUUUACGUACUAAUAACCACGGUAUGUACGUGGUACAAGAUAGAGCGUUCCGUUUCCUUACACGAAUAUCGACAGGUACAAAGCAAUUGGAACAUGCUCCAAAGUUUGUGUUUUUCACUUGUGGUCUGGUGCGAGGGGCCUUAACAAAUUUAGGUAUAAACAGUACCGUCACUGCUGAAGUACAAACAAUUCCUGCUUGUAAAUUUCACAUUGAGAUAAAUAGAAACUAGACUUAAAUUUA